UGGGUGCAUGGCCGCCUGUGGGAGCGAGUUCUGCGGUCAAUGUAGUCUAGUGGCGGAGGUUCCCCUUCAGGUUGGCCAAUCUUCGAGACUUUAUAGCAAUUGGAAGGACCAUGCCUGUUUUGCGGUUCUACAGAAGGGAGGAGUCUGCAGAGGGGCGUGUUUUGCGCAGGGUCAAACUGCUGUAUCCACAGGUCACCAUAUCGACCGAGCUCUGCUACAAUGUUGACGUUAAUGAUACUAACUCUGUGCGUGAAGAGCAGAAGGAUAUCUUGCGCUGGUUGUUCAGUCCUCCUCAGUCCAAAGGUCUUUCGGAUGAGCCCACACUCCGACCUUCCGCCCCAGGAGAGAGCCUAGCAGAGAUCGGCCCUAGGCUGAACUUCUCCACUGCCUGGUCCACAAACACAGUGUCCAUCUGCCAGAGUGCUGGCCUGGGUAUGGUGAGCAGGGUGGAGCUUUCCCGUAGACACCUCAUCAAGAAUGGACCGGAGAAGGACACAGAGAUGGAGAAGCUGAUUGGGCUACUGUAUGACAGCAUGACGGAGUGUGUCUACCCUCAGCCCAUUGCGUCUUUCUCUGUGGACGUACGGCUACAGGAUGUGUUCGAGGUUGACAUUCUGGGCGAAGGUCGCGCUGCUCUGGAGAGAGCAAACAACGAGCUUGGUCUGGCAUUUGACUCCUGGGACCUGGACUACUACACAGCAAUGUUCCAGAGGGUGAAGAGAAAUCCCACUAGUGUAGAAUGCUUUGAUCUGGCACAGUCCAACAGUGAGCACAGUCGCCAUUGGUUCUUUCGUGGACGGAUGUUGAUUGAUGGGCAGGAGCAGGAUGACACUCUGUUCAGCCUCAUCAUGGGCACCCAGCAGCACAGCAACCAGAACAACGUCAUCAAGUUCUGUGAUAACAGCAGUGGCAUUAAAGGCAUGGAACUGGAGUGUAUAUUCCCAACUGACCCUGCGCAUGCUAGCUGCUAUGAGACCAGACGCACCACCAGACAUGUCAUCUUCACUGCAGAGACCCACAACUUCCCCACAGGGGUCGCGCCAUUCAGCGGAGCCACCACAGGUACCGGUGGCCGAAUCCGAGACGUGCAGAGUGCUGGCCAGGGAGGUCAUGUGAUCGCAGGGACUGCUGGCUACUGCUUUGGAAACCUCCACAUCCCAGGUUUUCCCCUCGCGUGGGAGGAGCCUGGUUGGGAGUACCCCCUGAGUUUUGCCCUUCCCCUGCAGGUGGCUAUAGAAGCCAGUGACGGGGCCUCGGACUAUGGCAACAAGUUUGGAGAGCCCGUGCUGGCAGGCUUUGCCAGAUCGUUUGGAAUGCGACUGGCCAACGGGGAACGUCGGGAGUGGAUCAAACCAAUCAUGUUCAGUGGUGGGAUUGGCUCCAUUGAGGAUAAACAUGUGAAGAAAGAGGGGGUGGAGCCAGGCAUGGAGGUGGUAAAAAUAGGCGGACCUGCUUACAGGAUUGGUGUAGGUGGAGGGGCGGCGUCCUCGGUGCAGGUGCAGGGUGAUAACUCCAGUGAACGUGAUCUGGGCGCGGUGCAGAGGGGAGAUCCUGAGAUGGAACAAAAGAUGAAUCGGGCUCUCCGGGCAUGCCUGGAGAGAGCCGCAGGGAAUCCCAUCUGCAGCAUACACGAUCAGGGCGCGGGAGGCAACGGAAACGUCCUGAAGGAGUUGAGUGAGCCUGCUGGAGCAGUCAUCUUCGCCAGCAAGUUUAAAAGAGGCGACCCCACACUGAGUAUUCUGGAGGUGUGGGGGGCGGAGUAUCAGGAGAGUAAUGCUCUGUUGCUCCGCCCAUCUGACCGAAGUUUCCUGGAAAGGGUGUGUCAGAGGGAGAAGUGCCCUGUUGAGUUUGUGGGUAAAAUCACUGGUGAUGGCAAGAUUGUUCUUGUGGACGAUCUGUCUAACCAAGUGGCCAGUGGGCGGUGCCCUGUGGAUCUGGAGUUGGAAUGGGUGUUGGGGAAGAUGCCUCAGAAGGUGUUUGUACUUGAUCGUGAGACCCCUUCUCUGCUGUCUCUCUCGCUCCCACCAGGCCUGUGUGUUCUAGCUGCUCUAGAGAGAGUGCUCAGACUGCCUUCAGUGGCCAGCAAACGUUAUCUCACUAACAAGGUGGAUCGUUCUGUGACUGGAUUGGUUGCACAGCAGCAGUGUGUGGGGCCCCUCCACACCCCAUUGGCUGAUGUGGCUGUGGUUGCCCUAUCACCAUUCAGUCUCCAGGGUUCUGCCACAGCAAUUGGAGAGCAGCCAAUCAAAGGCCUGGUUUCCCCAGCAGCAGGGGCACGAAUGGCUGUGGGGGAAGCCCUCACUAAUCUGGUGUUUGCUCAAGUCACUGCUUUAAAGGAUGUGAAGUGCAGUGGUAACUGGAUGUGGGCAGCAAAACUGCCAGGUGAAGGUCUGUGUCUGUGGGAGGCGUGUGAGGCCAUGUGCAAGGUCAUGGGUCAGCUGGGCGUGGCCGUAGAUGGUGGAAAAGAUUCCCUUAGCAUGGCUGCUCGUGUCGGUGGAGAAACUGUCAAAGCACCAGGCUCUUUGGUGAUCUCCGUGUAUGCUGUGUGUCCUGACAUCACUGCUACUGUCACCCCAGAUCUGGAUGACCCAAAUGGCAAAGGUGUGCUGCUCUAUGUCCCUGUGAUUGCGGGUAAACACAGGCUGGGUGGCUCUGCCCUGGCUCAGUGUUAUGGACAGCUGGGUGACCGCAGUCCAGAUUUGGAGCAUCCUGACCUGCUCUCUGCCUGUUUUAAUGCCACCCAGACGCUCAUCCAGGACCGUCUGCUGAGUGCAGGACAUGAUGUCAGUGACGGAGGGCUUAUUUCCUGUCUGUUAGAGAUGGCCUUUGCAGGGAACCGUGGUCUAGAAGUGGACUUGCCCUUUGCAGGGACUGGAGUGAUGGAGGCUCUGUUCUCGGAGGAGCUCGGCCUGGUGGUGGAGGUGUGCGAGAGUGACGUGGGGAGCGUGUGCCAGCGUUACGUGCAGGCCGGCCUCCUCUGCCACACAAUCGGCACUACGCAAGGUUUUGGACCUGAUGCCACGGUCAGGGUGAGUCUGUGUGGUCAGGAAGUGCUGAAUGAGCGCCUACCCACUCUGAGGGCAAUAUGGGAAAGCACGAGCUUCCAGCUGGAGCGUCUGCAGGCCAAUCCAUGCUGUGUGCAGCAGGAAGAGGAGGGGCUGGCCACUCGCACCCAGCCAUUCCUCAGGCUGACCUUUGACCCUGCUCAGGCACCCAUAGUCAAAGAGCUUGGGGCAGGGAAGCCGCGGGUGGCAGUGGUCCGAGAGGAAGGCAGCAACGGCGAUCGGGAGAUGGCUGCGCCCCUCUUUGUGGCUGGAUUUGAGGUGUGGGAUGUCACAAUGCAGGAUCUGUGCUCUGGCUCUAUGACCCUUGACCCAUUUCGAGCUGUUGUCUUUGUAGGUGGCUUCAGUUAUGCAGAUGUGCUAGGUUCAGCUAAAGGCUGGGCUGCCGUUGUGACCUUUAACCUUCGGGCCCGCAAGGAGUUUGAGCGUUUCCGGCAUCGCGAUGACACUUUGAGUCUGGGGGUGUGUAAUGGCUGCCAGCUCAUGGCUCUCCUCGGCUGGGUCGGGGGGACGAGCGACGGAGGCUCCGAUGUGACCCUGGCCCAGAAUAAGUCUGGGCGGUUCGAGUCGCGGUUCGUGAGCGUGGCUAUUCUGCCGUCUCCCGCCGUCAUGCUGGACGGGAUGGAGGGAUCUGCUCUGGGUGUUUGGGUCGCCCAUGGAGAAGGUCUGCUGCAGUUCCGCUCCCCCGCAGCCCAGAACGUUCUGCUCAGCGCCUCUCUGGCGCCUCUGCGUUAUGUCGACGACUCGGGAACCCCCACCGAGACUUACCCCAUGAACCCCAACGGGUCCGCCCUGGGCAUCGCAGGCAUCUGCUCACCCAACGGGCGUCACCUGGCCAUGAUGCCCCACCCAGAGCGUGCCGUGCUGGGCUGGCAGUGGGCCUGGGCCCCCGGGCCCCUCAGGGCCUCUCUGGAACCUUCUCCUUGGCUUCGCAUGUUCCAGAAUGCUGCUGCCUGGUGUCAGAGCCAAUGAGAUGGAGAGAGGAAGUGUUAUGGUUGUGGUUGUGCCUGCUGUACUGUCGACACCUAAAAACUACUCUGGUAUGAGCUGCUUUGUACUGAUGUUUACAUGGACCCAUAAAACAAACAAAAACAAUCCUCUUGCACGUGACUAGCAGCCGUACUACAGAGUCAGAGUAAAAGUCAUUUUCUGCAGCAAGGCGAAGGGUUUUGGGGCCAGUGUUUGCAUUUUUACUUCAAAGAAACUCGUACAAUUAAGUGAUGAGGACCAAACCUUUUAGUCAUUCGUCAAAUUUUUGAAUGGUUAAAAAUGCUUCUGUUUAAUUUCAGAGAUGCAGCCUCAUACAAAAAUGUCACCUGUAUGUACACAAUUUCAUCUUGUAUUAGUCUGCAGUUUUUGUCCAUUUUGGGAGACGUGGAAUGAGUUCUGUCGGUCAGGAGCGCUGUCAGGAACAGAGUUGGCGCAGCAGCACAAGGCUAACCUUCAUGCUGAUGGUCUGGUGGCAACAGAUGCGUGGUUAGAUGGACAGAAGUGAAUGAAACUGCUCAAGUUGCUUUAUGGUUUUUAGUAGUAAAUCCUGUAUUGCUGUCUUCAUCCAUCGCACAGUUACAUAUUCCACUUGUGUACAUUUGUGAAAAUAGACAUUGAUUGAUUAAAUAAUCAGACACUUGAUAAGAA